AUGAACACACACCUGGACACACCUGGGACACACCCACACACACCUGGCCCGCUGCCCAUCCGGCUGGGCGAGCACAGCCUGCGGACGCGGGAGGGGACCGAGCAGUGCCUCACCUGGGCGCGCGCCUUCGUGCACCCGCGCUACAACGUCACCACGCACGACAGCGACCUGAUGCUGCUGCGCCUGCGCCGCCCCGCCCACCUGAGCGCCCACGUCAGCCCCGCCCCCCUGCCCCGCAGGUGCCCCCGCGGCGGGGACAGGUGCGUGGUGUCGGGCUGGGGCAGCACCAGCAGCCCGCAAGGUUACUUCCCGGACGUGCUGCAGUGCGGGGUGGUGUUCACCUGGCCGCACCAGGUGUGCUCUCACCUGUACCCCGGCGCCAUCACCCCCAACAUGCUCUGCGCCGGCAACGACCGCGCCCGCGGCGGCACCGACUCCUGCCAGGGUGACUCGGGGGGCCCGCUGGUGUGCGGGUCGGAGCUGCAGGGCAUCGUGUCCUGGGGGAUGCAGGUCUGCGGCCAGGAGGGAAAACCCGGGGUCUACACCCGGGUCUGCGCCUUCACCGCCUGGAUCCGGGACACCAUCCGCAGGAACGGGGGGGAUUGAGACCCUAAAACCCACCCCGGACCCCAAAAACACCCCCUGAAACCCCAAAAACAUCCCCGGACCCCAAAAACAUCCCCGGACCCCAAAAACACCCCCUGAGACCCCAAAACUCACCCAGACCCCAAAAACACCUCCUGAGACCCCAAAAACAUCCCCAGACCCCAAAAACAUCCCUGGACCCCAAAAACAUCCCCUGAGACCCCAAAAACAUCCCCAGACCCCAAAAACAUCCCCCGAGACCCCAAAAACACCUGAGGGGCUUCACCCGGGUCUGCGCCUUCACCGCCUGGAUCCGGGACACCAUCCGCAGGAACGGGGGGGAUUGAGACCCUAAAACCCACCCCGGACCCCAAAAACAUCCCCUGAAACCCCAAAAACAUCCCUGGAACCCA